UGAGACGAGACACUCGAAGCUCAGAGUCUCAGACCGAUGACCACUCCCGCGAAUCCAACCGCUCUACACGCGCCGCCCUUCGUGGCCCUCCGCCCACCGCCCAAAUUCCAGUCCCCGCGGCCCGUGGCCUGUGCGAUGAGAGCAGCAAUGCGAGACGGGAGCUCGAACCGGAGGCAGCUGCACCGAGGGCGACACCUCAGCAUCGAAGCCAUCCAAGCCGUGCAGGCCCUGAAGCGAGCCGACGGCAGAGGCUGUCGCCUCUCUCUCGAGCGGGAGCUCGAUUCCAAGUUCCGGCGUCUCCUGAAGCUCGACAUGAUCGCCGUCCUACGCGAGCUUCUCAGGCAGAACGAGUGCGCUCUGGUUCUCAAGGUGUUUGAAGACAUCCGCAAGGAAGAAUGGUAUAAGCCUCAUGUCUCAUUGUAUGCUGAUGCAAUUGAAGUUUUCGCGAGCAAUGGAUUGCUCGAACAGGCACAAUAUCGGCCAUCCUCUCUGCAAUCUCAGCGAAUGCUGUCUCCGACAUCUCAAAAUGUUCUUGUGGGAAGUUGCACCAGCCACCGUAAUCAGCUGAUAGCCCAUAAUUUGGAGGGCAGAAAUCAGUGGCUGUUAGAAUCACAGUUGGGCUCCCAGGAAGGCACCAGCGUAUGUGAUCUACGCACCGGAGCUCGAAGCAAGCUCCACAGGAAAAUGGGGACCCCAGCCCGGACCAAACCUUACGGGUCGCAUCACUUCCAAACCUCGACGCAUUUCUAUCCCUGGAGUAUGUUGCAGCAGCAGGCGUCCACUGAGCUUCUACUGCAGCAAGAGUCCCGCCUGCUGCUACCAUUAAAAUGCAGAGGAGAGUGAGUCGGAGGAAAUCCAUCUGGGGAUUUCAGAGGAGCCUGAGGAGUUGUUCCUGGUACUGCCCUUUAAGUUUCUGGACCUUUUUCCUUUCUGUUAUGGGGAUUGUUGAAGGGCCGCUGCUGAUGGAGGAUGGCAAAGAAAGAAAAAGUCUUUGCUUUUUCUUUACUAGAUUGAUGGAUUUGUGUUAACAGUGGAAGAGGGAGCUUUGAGGAAAGGCAAAAAUGGAGUCUUUGGGUUCACAUUUAUUGAGGGGGGGGACAUAACAUAUAAUGAAGCAGAGGCGCAGCAGACAGUGGGGCUUGCUUUGCUACAGGGAAAGCGGAAAAUUGGGGGAAAAUGGGUUGAGAUUGAUUUCUGUUUGGGCUCUUCUUUUGAGAAGGAAAACGCCAUAGCAGAAAAGAGAAGAGCAGGGGGCACUCCACUGGUCAAUAAAGUUGGGACAGAUAUUACAAGAGAAAAUAGAUCGUUCCGGCGGGGAAAAGGGAGGUUGCUGCUUUCGUUAAUUGCAUAAACGAAGAUUGGGAAUGGAAAGCCCGGUUCGACUCGGUAUGUUGUUUAUUUGAUUCAACAACGAAAUUCCCAUCAGAAAACCGAUCUGGCUCCAAGACAGAAAAGUUUUCUUAGAGAUGAACGAAUGCUUAAGUUUUUCGGAUGGAAUGGAAAUGCAUUCGGUUGAUAAACGAGAAUUUUUGGUAAGCUAUGUUCAGCAGAAUGGGACCAGAGUCUCCGAGCCAUUUGGUCUUAUUGGGAACAACAGCAGCUUGAAAUUGAGGAAACUCGUCGAUAGUCCUGUCUCACCAUGCGAUAUGAGAAAACAUCAACAAAGAUGGCAGUGAAUGGAUGAAUGGAUUUACUAGAAUUGGGUGCUUUUGAUUUUUCUAAAUCUAACCCAUGCAUAAUCCGAGAAUAUUCCUUCGGGUGUUAUUUA